GCACCAGUGUAGUGUGUGUCUGGCCGCGCGCAGGAUCUAGAGAGAAAAAUGGUCAAGAACCUGUCGAGCAGCAGCAGGUGCGACGCUCAUGGCGGCGGCACGGCGAGCGGUGCGGCCGCGGCAGCGCUGUGCGGCGCCGGGAGCAGGCCGGCGGUGGCGGUGAGGCAGUACAAGGGGGUGCGGAUGCGGAGCUGGGGGUCGUGGGUGUCGGAGAUCAGAGCGCCGCACCAGAAGCGCCGGAUCUGGCUCGGCUCCUACGCCACGCCGGAGGCCGCCGCGCGCGCCUACGACGCCGCGCUCCUCCGCCUCAAGGGCUCCGACGCCGUCCUCAACUUCCCAUCGUCCUCCUCGACGUGGCAGCCUGCCGACUCGGUGGCCGAUGACUCGUCCCCGAGGUCCAUCCAGCGAGCGGCCGCCGCGGCAGCGGCGGCCUUCCAAGUCGAAGCCACUAGCACUAUCGUCGCCGACGACAGCUGCUCUUCCAGUGCCGAAGCGACGACGCCGACCUCGGCGGCCUCCGUAUCGACGCUGGGCAGCGCCGACGCCCAGGAGCACGCGACGUCUUCGAUGUCCGCGGCGGCCAGCGCUGCGUCGCCGGAGGGUGAUCAGGACGAGCUGUGGACGGAGCUGGACGCGUUCGCUUCCACCGAACUCAUGGAUCUCGUCGCCGCCGGUCACGCCACGCCCUUCUCGGCGCCUUGCUGGGAGGAGCCCGAGGAGGACGGCGAGAUGAUGAGAUUGUGGAGCUUCUGCUAGGCCCCACGCCCCGGCGUCUUCCGAGCACUGAUCAGCGCAUCCGAAUGCUUCCAUUGAUUCUUUUCACCAUUAUCCUCAACCUCAAGCGUUGCUUAGCUGCAUCUGCAUGCAUGGAUCAUAUCUAGGCUCUAGGUCUCCCUCCAUGUCUGCUUCCAUAGAUUCUUUCGUUCCUUUGGCAUUGGUAUGGAAAAUAUUAGAUUUUCUUGUUUAUUUCGUGAGAAUUUUAUUAAUACUAUAUAUACUCCUACACUGUAUUUUAUUUGCUGAUGAGUGAAUCGAGUGAGACUGAUAGCAUUGCUGCA